AUGCCGGGGGUCCCAUCAGGUCGGGCCUGUGACGUCUGUCGCAAGCAAAAGAAAAAGUGCGACGAGAAACAACCCACAUGUGGGCGAUGUACUCGUCUGAAAAUAAGCUGUGUGGGGUCUGGUCAGCAACGAUACAAGUUCAAACAGCAACGAUUUUCGCCCAAUCUGCACCAAAGCCAACUUGUUAUGGUCCCCAGAUCUGGAACAACUAGAAAAGAAACCCCGUCGUUUGAAAUUCCCCGAGCAUGUCCUGGAAACGAUAUGACGUCACUGGCCCAUUCGUUUGUCGCGGCCAUCAAACGGACUGGGGAUCUCCGAUACAAUAUGUGGUGGUCUUUUGGGAUUUUUAUGGAGGAUAUACCUCGACGACUUGGGAGUAAUGCAGCCCUCGAUCGUGCAGUUGAUGCUGUGACUACUGCCCAUAAAGGAUUCUGCUCCCGCCAGCCAGCUGCGGUCGAGACAUUGGCCAAAUACUCUCACGCCCUCCGAACACUCAAAGUCUAUCUAGACGACCCGUAUCAAGCAAGCUCUUCGACCACACUAUGUGCAGUGAUGGUACUUUUGGUUUGCCAAACACUUGUCGGAAAUGAUCAAGUAAUAACAGGGCAUGCGCAAGGCGCCGCCAACAUACUACAUGCGCGUAAAAACUUCGGGCCGCGCGAUGACUUUGAGCGCAAACUGUUCCUCUCCCUACGAGGAUGCGUGCUAUUCGAGGGUCUAUAUAAUGACGCUAUUGACCUAAGUGCCGAGGAGUGGGAUGCCCUAGUCGCCAAUGACUAUGAUCAAGCUCUUCCCGAAGGCCGAAUUCUGCGAUGUUUAGCACGAGCACCAAGUAUAAUGAAACGUGGCAAACGAGCCAUACGCAACUACGAGGAUUUAACCCCUCUGACGGAAGAAAUUCGACCAAUAUAUGAGACAUGUAAAUCAAUAGUGGCCGAGUUGAAAGCGCGAACAAUCGAAUUUCAGACUUCCGAACUCAAUACCAUGCCGGAAAGCUUCAUGAGCCGGAUUCUGCGAGCACAUUAUCACCGUACCUAUGGGAUUGGUGUUGCGGUGACAUCUUUUUUCAAUUGCAUGCUUCAGGCACUGGACCCCAGUGACUACAGUUGCAUGAUGGAAGCUAGGGAUUUUGUCAAAGAAAUUCUCAUACAUGCCCAGGAGUCUAAUGUAUACAGGCCUGUCGGUGCAGGCUACGUACUUAUGUGUCUGUCAGUGGCUUGGGCCAUUACUGCAGAGCCUCAACUGCGGUCGAUGGUUGAAACUGCCUUGAUUGACUACCAUGGGGACUUCGCAUUCCACAAUGGUUUGAAUCUAUCCCGAGAUAUGGAAUGUGCGAGUGAGAGCUUAUGGCUGGGAUCAAGUUCUAGGCUUACAGCAGGGAAGUCCCAAUGGGGUCAUAGAAUGGUGUGA